AAGGUUUUGUGAUGUUAUAAAAUAGUUACUUUGGCCUCUCAUGCAGGAAGGUGGUAUUGAUUUGGUAACAAUCAUCAAGGGAACUAGCUUCUAUCAUUGUGGAAAAUACCAUGACUGUUGUCAGAUUACAUGCCACCUACACCUCCUGAAUUCUAGAAGUUAUAUGAAUCAAAUAGAUGGUUAAAUGCUGCUCUUAGCUCUGUGAUGCUCUCAACUACCGAGGAUGGGAAGGUGGUGAAGGGCCUUGCCGGGGUUCCACUGGAGGGACCCGUCCUGUACAUUGGUUAUCACAUGUUACUGGGACUAGAAGUUAUUUCCUUGGUAUCUGAAUUUCUUACUCAGAGAAAUAUCCUCUUGCGAGGGAUAGCACAUCCAUUGCUGUUUGAAAGAUUGAGAGAAGGCAGGUUACCUGAUGUAUCAACCUUUGACUCAAUAUGAUUAAUGGGGGCAGUUCCUGUUUCAGGAACAAAUUUCUACAAGCUUAUGUCUUCAAAAUCUCAUAGCCUGUUGUUCCCUGGAGGGGUGGGCGCUGCUCUUCACAGGAAGGAAUGAAGGAGAUGGCGAGGUGUCAAACCAACAACUUUACCAACCAUGACUGGCACCAAGGUUUCCAGGAAUAUAUUAUUUUUAUUUUGGGAAACCAAUUGAAACCCAAGGAAGAAAGCAAGAACUAAAAGAUAGGGAGAAAUGUUAUCAACUGUAUUUACAUAGAUGCAUUGCUUACUUGAAGCAGAAAAGAGAAGAAGAUCCAUACAGGAAUAUUGUACCCCGGCUAAUGCACCAGGCCACACAUGGUUCCAACUCUCAAGCUCCUUCCUUUGUAGUUAUACAUCCUUCUGAUAUUAAUUUGUAUUGAAAAUAAUAAAAAAAAGUCAAAUAG